AUGUCCAUAGCUGUAACUGACAAUGCUGCCAAUGAACAGAAAGCUUAUGAAUUGCUGGAAUGGACAAGAUUUGGUUGCUAUGGGCACCGCAUCAACCUAGUAGUUAAGAAUGCCCUAAAAAUUCCCGAUGUUGUGCGAAUUUUGGGAAAGAUCCAGAAGCUGGUGACGUUCUUUCACCAAUCCACCAGCAUGGCCGAUCUUCUCUUUGACAAGCAAAAGCUUCUGAUGGAAGAAGGAAGUAUCAUUGGGCACAAACUAAUCAUGGAUGUGGUAACACGUUGGAAUUCAACCCUACACAUGCUAAAACGAAUUUUAGAGCAGAUCCCAGCUGUAAGUGCAGUGGCUAACGAUCCAACAAUAACGAAAUCAGCCAGCUCUACCCUGAGAAACUGUCUUCUAACAUUUGAUAAACAGGCUGUUGUCGAAGAUCUUGUGACCGUACUUGAUCCGUUUGACAAAACGACUACAAUUGUGUGUGGUGAGAACAUUCCAACUCUGCAGAAGAUCCUACCACUUGUAGUAAAGCUAACUCGAUUAAGUGAAGAAGGAGAUUAUGACAGCCCAACAAUUAAAAGAGUGACACAGCAAAUCCAAAAUGAAAUGGGAAACAGAACAGAGCCAGAAAGGAUAGCCCUUGUAGCCUGCAUUCUGAACCCAUACACGAAGGACCUUACCUUCUAG